AUGCAGCAGACUGCUAUACGUGUUUCCAAGCGAGAAGCAUCCCUUCAUAAUUGUGUAAUGUUUGCAACCGAUGCACUAGUACACGCUUAUGAUGUGAAUUCUAUCGAUUUUAUUAAAAGUUUUAUCGAUAACGAACGGAAACCGACUCAUUUGAUCCUAAACGAACUCUGCUGGCCAAAAUCUAUUACUGUCAAACUAUAUAAUGAAAUUAUACGAAAAGGCCGUAGAGUAUCAUCUACAAUCAAAACGUCUUACAGCUACCAAAACCAUGGGAUUAUAUUCCUACUCGAUCUGGACUGUCCUCGUUCUGAAGAAGCUAUUCAGAAAGCUAUAUCAAAAAACCUCUUUGGCUCUCCGUACCGUUGGCUCGUUUUAUCUGGCGACCCUGAAAAGUUAAGGUCGUCAGGUCUGUGGGAAACUCCCGCUUUACCAGAUAGUGACUUGGUGUUAGCGGAAAGAUCGGAAAGUGGAUUUACACUGACUGAAUUACAUAGAUCAUCAAAGAAUAGUUCAAUGGUUUCAACCCCUCGCGGGUACUACGAUACGACCCUGGUGGAUAUCCGACCACACCGGGAGAUGUUCAGGAGACGAAGGAACAUGAUGCGAUCCCCUUUGACUAUGUCAAAUGUGGUGCAGGACAGCAAUAGCACUAUGUAUCAUUUACCAAGAGAGGACAGACUUGAACUCCAGUACGAUGUUAUAUCAAAAACUUGUUGGAUAAAUGUUCACUUGGCCUUCCAAAUGCUGAAUGCUACCCCGCGGUACAUCUUCAAUCAAAGAUGGGGUUACAAAUAUAAAGGGAAGUGGUCUGGGAUGAUAAAUGAUUUGCAUAUAGGCAAAGCGGAUGUAGGUACAAACUGUUUGGGAACAUUCAUGGAACGAUUCGAGAUAGUCACAUAUACCGAUAUGUUGGCUCCCUUCCACGUUAGCUUCAUACUCCGGCAGCCUCCCCUCUCUUACGUCUCCAAUAUCUUCUCGCUGCCGUUUUCCAGCAACGUCUGGAUUGCCACUGCGGUGUGUUCAAUUCUGGCCAUGUUCGGUCUUUAUAUCACCAGUAAAAUUGAAGCCAGGGGUGGAAAGACUGCAUCACAACUGGACGGCACUAUGGGAGAUGCGUUCUUGCUGACCAUGAGUGCUGUAAGCCAGCAAGGCUGUGUGAUUGAACCUAGAAAAGUUUCAGGCCGCAUCAUAGUGUUCAUAUUCUUCACUGUUCUGAUGGCGCUAUACGCCGCGUACUCCGCCAACAUCGUCGUCCUGCUGCAGGCGCCCUCCAACUCCAUCAAGAGUCUAGCACAGCUGAUCUGGUCCAAAAUACCUCUGGCAGCUCAUGAUGUUGAUUACAACCAUAUUGUUUUCAGUACCUAUAAGGACCCGCUGCACACGACAGUCUACCGGAAAGUGGACCCAGAAAAGGGAAAUGGACAAUUUUACGCAAUGAACGAAGGUGUCGAAAGAAUUAGACAGGGUUUGUUCGCGUUUCACUCCAUCGCGGAGCAGGUGUACCGGCGCAUUGAGCAGACAUUCCUCGAGGGUGAGAAGUGCGACCUGGUGGAGAUCGACUUCUUGAACAGAAUCGACCCCCUCGUGCCUAUGAAGAAAGGCUCACCAUACUUGGAGCUGUUCAAAGUCGUGUUCAAACAAUUGGCAGAGUCUGGUAUACGAUCAGCGAUAAUUAAACGUAUGCUGGUACCUAAGCCCCAGUGUUCCGGCAAGAUGGCAGCGUUCAGCAGCGUGGGCCUGAUGGACCUAAAGCCGGUGCUGCUCCUCAUGGUGUACGGCGCCGCGCUCUCCCUUACCAUCCUUUUCCUCGAGAUAGCACACCAUAAAUUGCAAGUAUCAAAGUUAGAAGUGGGGGGAUGGGUGUUUUAG